GGACUGAAUUAUACAUACGACGAUGCGAUGCCGUCCAAUGGCUAUCCCAAAGAAGUGAAAUACGAGACGGUGGAUGAGCACAUGAGGUGAAGCAGUGGAAGCACUGAAGUGAAACAAACCCGAGAAGCAACAGCUAUGGCGCUUCUCUGCUCGCCUUCUCUAUUCGCUUCCCACCAUGGGCGGGCAGCACCUUCUAUUCAGGAACGAGAGCGGAAUCUUGCUAAACCAGAAGAAGUACAAGUUAAAAGCUGAGAAGGUUUCCGUAGUCUGUAGCUCUUGUGGUGCUUCUUCUUCUUCCUUGUCUUCUUCUUCAAGACCCAGUUCGGGAAACGGAGUUUUGAGAAGGGAUUUGAUGCUGUUUGGACUCUGUUCUUUCUCUGGUUUCAGUGGCUCCAAUUUCAGAUGGGGCUCGAGUGAUCAUUAAGUUCUAUGAUAUUUCUCUGUAAUUGUUGUUAUGUAUCGAAUUCAAUGAAUCAUCCUGCACCAAUUACUUAUAUCCAAUGGAAUUGCCAUCCAAGAAGUUCAUCUUCAAAUGGUACGUGUUCCUAUUGAAUUGAACUUUCCCUGGAAACCCUCUGUUUCACUUUCUUGAUUUUUGGGAUGAACAUGUUAUUGUGUUAUGAAAGUUGAAACGCUCUAAUGCCUGUCAAAUUUUUUAAGAGGUGGAAUCAAGAAAUCCGGAGCGAUACUCAUCAGCCGCGCCAUUAUCUCGUAUGUUCACUCCCUUUUGGCUUUUUUCCCAAAGUUCUGAGAUUUGCUAGGGGGAAGGAAACUCCAAAUGCACAUGAAUAUAAGCCCAACUGAGGUUUUGUUGACUGUUUCUGGAUUGACACAAGCUGAUGCACGGCUUAGGAUUGUGUCUGAGCGUGUUGAUAUCUUUGACAACCUCGUGAUUUCUGUUUCAGUUACGUCCCACAUUAUUAUUCAUACUGAUGUCCUUCAUAAAUGCUGCAAUUGUUUUCUUUACUCGCCCUCUAUCCGAGGAUUAUGAUUCCAUUGUUGGAUUCAGAUAGGCACCCCAAAUGUCUGAGUACAUAAAAUCCAAGGACAAGAGCAUCUGGAACGCCAAAGAUGUUGCUGACUCGGCUUUGUCCGACAAGUCUGCACUGGUAUAACCUGUCUCUUUUAUUCUCCACAUUAUGAGAUGAAAUGAAGUGAUAUUGAAUUCUUCAUUCACAUCACCAGCAACUUGGCAUAUGGCAACUCUUUCAUUUAGCCACAAUGUGAAAAUAUUAUGAAUACGGAAGAGUGGUUGUUAAGUCUUGCAAUGUGGCUUAGGAUAAUUUGUUAAUCACAUUUUGGUACUGAUGUUCAUGGCAUUUAGUGCUGAUGUUCAUGGAAGCGAGUCGCAUCCACACAGCGACUGGCUGAGAGCUCUCUUCUUGAUGCACACACAACUGAAAUUGAUGGACAUUGGACAGCCUUACUGGGUUUAUGAGUAUCUGGUUCACAAGUCGCCUACCAAGAAUGUUCAGGAACCAAACCUCUACAGGCACUAUGUUGCCUCAACAUUUGAACGAGACGGUUACUUGUACUCGCUGAGUGCUUCGACUCUCAAUAUACAGUGGGGCGAGAUGGGACCUUUCCUGGAGAGAACUGUAUCGUCAUUUCGCCUUCUGCCUUCCACGGAUGAAUAUGUAGCCCCGUACAAAGACCCUUGGAGAUUCUUGUGAAGACCUCUUCUUUCAUUUCACAUGUUCUUACCACAAUUUGUUAAAAUCUGAGUUUCCUUUGUUACAUCUGGUUGUCCGGCUGCAUUUAAUUUGUAUGUAUGAGAAUAUCAUAUUUGAAUCACCACAAGUGUCCAUGCAAUCCAAUCGUGCUUCCUUUGAUGAGUUGUUUGAAGUUAUGUUUGAGCAUGCAUGUGGAAAACCCACACCGAACGUUCUUUGUGCCCAAACCGAACCCUGUCAGAAAAAGGAUUCGCAAUCCGGUCCGCCAUCCAGGUUGUUUCUUGGAAUCCCACCCGAACUUGGAACUGAUCAGUCGGAAAACUGUAAGUUUAGAUAU